AUGCCGGGAGCACCACGUUUCACGCAAAAACCAUCAAUACAGCAGACCCCACAAGGGGAUCUGCUAAUGGAGUGCUACCUGGAAGCAGAUCCACCGCCAGAUAUUGUCUGGCAUCAUGCCGGAACACCUAUUCCAGCUGGGCCACGCGUCGACCAGUCACUCACCAAUUUGCAGUCUAAUCUCUACAAAGCUGUUUUAAUUAUCAAGGUACUUUUUUUCAUUUACUGGUAA